UGUCAUUGUCAUUCUAACAAAAAAAAUAUUUUGACAGUUUAAUAUGUCAUUAACCUCAUUGGAAUUAAAUCAAAAUUUUAAUUUAAUUAAUACAUUAUUUGAAAAUAAUUACAAAAUUAAAUUUAUCAAGUGGUCAUUUGUCAAAACGUGAUUUAAAUAUUUAGUUUUCCUUUUUUUCUAAAUUAUUAAGUGAAUAUUUCGUACAAUGGAGGCAACAUGUAAUGUAAAUAGUAAUGAAUUAAAUUUUGUAAAUACAACAGAUGCAUUUGACAUAAAUCAUCAUAAUGAUAAUAAUAAUUCCGAUUUAAUUGAUUCAUUAUCAGAUUCCAGUAAAAAUGAAAGUAAUAAUGAGACUAAAUUCCCAGAUAAUGAGAAAAACAAACAAACAGAUAAUGAUGAGGAUCAAUUAUCAGAUAAUAUAGAAAAUUUAUCAGCAAUAAAUAAUUUACAAUUGUUGCCAAUUAAUGAAAAUGAUAAAAUUAAUGAUAAUAAUAUAAACUUAGGAAAUUUACAAUUUAAAAGUAUAAAAAUAAAUGAAAGUACGAUAGUAGAUGGUAAUAAUAAAUUAAUAAAUAAAUUAUCAUUGCCUUCACAUUCAAAUUUAAUUCAAUCUAGUGUUCCGCUUAUUAAUAAGAGCCGUCAUUUAUUUAAUUUUAUAACUGAAAAGUCAACUAAUAUUAUGGAAAAAGCUUUACUACCCCAGUAUUUACAGCAACGUGAUUUAAUUAAUCAGAAGCAUAUUAUUGGUGCUAAUAAUGAUAACUCAGUAUUAAAUGGUGGAGAUGAUGAUGAAAAAAGUCAAGUUAUUAAAGAUGAAAAUGAAGAAAAAUUAAAAGAAAAUUAUCUGCAACAAGCGGAAGAUGAUAAAAUAAUUAAUGGGGGUCAAGAAAUUAAAAAUUGUGGAAUGGAUGAUGAUCGAGAUGAGGAAAUUGAGUAUAAAGUCCUGCUAGAUGAAUAUAAAAAAAUUAAAAAUGAUAAAAUACAUUUAGAAGAACGGAUUAAAGAAUUAGAAAAUAGGAAUCAAUUUUCUUCGAAGGAAUCGAUAUCGUCAUCAAUAGACAACCGCGACGCAACAAUAAACCGUCUAACCCUCGAACUGCGCAGCGCCCUCUCCCACCAAGAAAAUCUUCUCCAGCGAUACACUUCCGCAAACAAAGAGCGCGAAAGCAUGGUGAUGAAAUACGCCAUCUCCGAAAAACAGCGCCUAGAUCUCCAGCGUACCCUCGACCAAUCUCACUCGCGUCUCAAACAAUUAACUUCCGAUAACGAAAUCAUAACUUCAAAAUUAAAAACUGCGUUCAAUGAACGCUCACGCGUCGCUCAAAUGCUCGACGUUAAAUGCCGCGAGUUAAUCGACGCGCAAAAAGAGCUCGAAAAACUCCGCGAAGAUCUCGAUAUCCGUGAAGUUAAAUUAAAAUGGACGCAGACAAAACUUAAAAGUGAGACUCAGUUACACAAAGAAACUGCAGAUAAAUUAGAAAAAGCCUUAACGCGAAUUAACGAAUUGAAAGACGAGUGCGAAAAUGUCCGUCGCGAGUCCUCGGAGUCAAUUAAAAAAUUUCAACAGUCAGAAGAAAACAAAGCAGUGACUUUAGACCAACAAUUAAAAGAACAACACGCGCGUUUAAUUCUCGAGCGCCAUGUUGUCGAAGACAAAGAAGCCGUAAGACUCCAAUUACUCAAAGAAAUAGAGACUUUGAAUCAUCGCCAGCAGGUUUUGAUUGAAGAAAAUAACGUUUUGACACUUCGCUGCAAUGAUUUUGAGGCUAUUAGUAACCAAUUGAAAAAAAGUUAUGAAGAAUUGAAGGUCAUAAGCGAGGAAAGAUUGAAAGCGAUCAGCGAUUUGACCCUAAAAUCCGAGGCAUUGGAGUCUACUAGGUUAGAAUUAGUCGGGAAGAAUCAGGAACUAGCGGCCAUUGAAAACGAACUAGAGCGACUCCGUGCGGCAAAUAAUGAACUACAAAACGACAUGGAUUGUUGUGUGGAAAGAGAGAAUCAGAUGCUCGAAUUCACUCAGAAAUUGACGGAUAAAAAUGUUAGGUUACAAUCUGACUCCACUAUGAUGGAGUCCAGGCUCAAGGAGUUGGAACGAGAACAGGGACCGCUGCGGGAACAAGUCAAGGAACUGAAGAUUAAGAUCAAGGAAAUGGCGGAAGAGUUAAAGGAAGAAAAGAAGAAACGAGUCGAUGAAUGUGAGAUCCUCGCGCGACAUCUUGCCGAGCAGACCAAAAUGGCGGAAGAUUUGAAGCAGAUGUUAGAAGACAGUAAGGGAGAGAAUUCGGUGCUGAAGAGAAAGCAUCAGAUGACGAUUAAGGAGUUGACUAGGGAAGUGGGACAGUUGAAAAAAAAAUUAGAGCUAACGGAAAGUAACACAGAGGGCGCUAAGGUAGCGGGAACUAGAACUCCGUCGGUAAUGUCUUUGAAUGACGAGACAAAUGGAGACGCUGAUGUCGGAAUUAUUUAUAAUGAACUGGAUAAGCAGGCGUUAAUUGAGAGGGUAAUUAAAUUACAGAGGAUUAAUGUCAAGAGGGCGGAAAAAUUAGAUUUUUUGGAAGAACACACCAGGGUUUUGGUGACGGAGUUACAAAAGAAAACUAAAAUUAUACAGAACUAUAUUUUAAAUGAAAAUUUUGACGCGAUGGGAAGCAAUGAACGUGAUAGAUAUAAGAAUUUGAAAAGUCACAGGGACAUGGCUGAAUUAAUAAAACACGGUGGUAUCAUGGCAUCAGUUUACCACCAACGUGUCUCUGAUGAUAAUAUGACAUUGGAGUUAUCGUUAGAAAUAAAUCAAAAAUUGCAGGCCGUACUUGAGGAUGCGUUACUUAAAAAUAUAACUCUUAAGGAUAAUAUCGAUACACUAGGUGAUGAAAUAGCAAAAUUAACAAUCCAAAAUCAAAAAAUUUCAAAGUGACAACCGGAUGAAACUCCAGGAAAUUACGAAAAAAAUAUUAAAAUUAAUAAUAAUAACAAUAUUGAUCAUAAUAAUAAUACUAAUCAUAUUCCUAACAAUAAUAAUUACAAUAAUUAUUAUCGUAGAAAUAUAAGUAUCCAUAAGUAUUAUAAUUAUGAUUAAUCAUUAUUUAAUCAAAGCAGUCUCUUAUUUAUUUAAAAAAAAAAUUUUAACUAAACAUUGUUGUUAUAAACAACCGAGUUUAAAAUUUUAUU